UUCUGGGAUCCACAGUUGUGGAAAAAGCCUCUUCGGCUCUUCGCGGCUCUGCCCUUGUGACGUCGUCAGCCAGCCUGCUGACCAAUUUGAAGAUCCUGCUUUCGAUGCUUGGGUUGGUUUUCACAUCCAUUCAGGGAUUUCUCACAGACGUUAGCCUUUGAUGUCAGUUACCAGUCUUUGUGGGAAAUUCUUAUUAUGCUUCUUCAAGAAUUUGAAGAUACUACGCUUCCCAGUAAGUACAGAGAACAUAGUCCCGGUUUGCGAUGCCCCCUCACGCGCUGCCACUUUUUGGAGCAGGGACCACUGAGACCCAGUCUUUGGAUACUUCGGGAAAAGAAGCACAGAGCGAGAUGCUCCAGGACUGCCCGAAGGCACGCAGGGAGGUGGAGCUGCACUGGCGGGCCUCUCAGUGCCCGCACAUCGUCCGCAUCGUGGACGUCUAUGAGAAUCUGUAUGCGGGGAGGAAGUGCCUACUGAUCGUCAUGGAGUGUUUGGAUGGUGGAGAACUCUUCAGCCGUAUCCAGGACCGAGGAGACCAAGCGUUCACAGAAAGAGAAGCGUCGGAAAUCAUGAAGAGUAUCGGUGAGGCCAUCCGGUAUUUGCAUUCAGUCAACAUUGCUCACCGGGAUGUCAAGCCUGAGAAUCUCUUGUACACCUCCAAAAGGCCCAAUGCCAUCCUGAAACUCACCGAUUUUGGCUUUGCCAAGGAAACCACCAGCCACAACUCUUUGACCACUCCUUGUUAUACGCCGUACUAUGUGGCUCCAGAAGUGCUGGGCCCAGAGAAGUAUGACAAGUCCUGUGACAUGUGGUCCCUGGGUGUCAUCAUGUACAUCCUGCUGUGUGGGUACCCCCCUUUCUAUUCCAACCACGGCCUUGCCAUCUCUCCGGGCAUGAAGAGUCGCAUCCGAAUGGGCCAGUAUGAAUUCCCCAACCCAGAAUGGUCAGAAGUAUCAGAGGAAGUGAAGAUGCUCAUCCGGAACCUGCUGAAGACAGAGCCCACUCAGAGGAUGACCAUCAUGGAGUUUAUGAACCACCCCUGGAUCAUGCAAUCAACGAAGGUCCCUCAAACCCCACUGCACACCAGCCGGGUCCUGAAGGAGGACAAGGAGCGGUGGGAAGAUGUCAAGGAGGAGAUGACCAGUGCCUUGGCCACAAUGCGUGUUGACUACGAGCAAAUCAAGAUAAAGAAGAUUGAAGACGCGUCCAACCCUCUGCUACUGAAGAGGCGGAAGAAAGCACGGGCCCUGGAGGCUGCGGCUCUCGCCCACUGAGCCCCUGCCCCGCUGGAGGAAAAGCAAUAACUUUCUACAUGAAUAUAUUUUUUAAAAGAAGAGACACACAACUGUUCAUUUAUGCCUCCCUUCUUUCGCUGCACGGAGCCCAGAAUCUUGUUGGCGGCUGAAUUCUGACCUUUUGGCCGAUGGUCACCUGCCAUGGUUCUGGCCAACCCCGGAGACCAUAGGCCGGGAGGGUGAGGAGUGGAGGGAGCAGGAUGCUCCUGAACCUGUGCUCAUUUUGUGGUUUUAUCAGUAAUUUGACUUAGAAUUUUUAUGGAACUUCUUUUAUUGUCCUUUCCUCCACUCCUCUUCCUUUCCCCAAGACCCUGUCCCUGGAUACUGCAAGGGUUUGGGGUUUGUUGAAGGGUGUUUGUGGAAACCGUUAGAGGGCGUGGCUCUGGUUGUCCCAGCCGCCCUCCCCAUUUCCCCACUACAGCCUGAGGGCCCCGCUGGCCUGGCUGAGGUGUCUGGGAGCUGACGGCCCUGGAGGGCUGGGGCUGGGAUGCCGCCCACCUCUACCCGAGGCUCUCAGAUGUCGCCAGUGUGCCAGGCGGGUAGGAGAGUGUGUGUAUGUGUGUGUGCACAUGUGGCUGGAUCCGUGCCUGGGACCGUGUGUUUGAGGGGCCAGGGGCAGGCAGGGCUGCAGAAGGGGCCCUGCUUUGGCUCAAGAACCUUCCCCCUCCGUGGGCCUGCUCUGACCAUGCUGGACCCACAGAAGUGCCUGGGAAGCUUCUUUAGUUUUGGGGCCAGGCCCUCCAAGUGUGGCCUGUGCCUCUUAGCUGGGUUCCAGGGGUGGAGAGAAGUGAUCAAGCACUGGCACAGCACUUGGGAAGACUGGACCCCGGGACCCCUUCCGCCCCAUUCCGUGAUGGUCCUGGGUCUCUGAGGCACUGAUUACUGGAUAACCUCUGCUCUCUUUCCUGCCGUGAUAAGCCCAUUGCUGAUUCUUCUUACAUUUUUAGCCAUUUCUCAGUGGGCUGCCUCUCAGCUCACUGGGGUGAGCCAGGACAAUUUAUGGUGACAAAAUUUUUACGUUUAUGUCUCUUCUGGGCUUGGGGGCCUGGACCAGCUGUGCCUUGUGGGCAAAGGCAGAUCACGUUUGUGGUUCCCCUUAAAUUUCCAUUGUGUGGCUUCAUGGUUUGGGGGGAGUCUUAUCACCAAAGAUGUCCUGACUCUGCCCCCUUUCCUAGGAGCUACUUCACCCUCUCUCACACAAAAACGACUCUGUGCCAUGUGUCCAGGUCAGUGAGGAGGGUGGCCUGGGGGGUGCUCCCCAGCGUUAAUAGGAGCAGCCUGCAGAGAGGCCCCCUGUGCCAGCAUCCCCACUCCCUCUGGGGGGAGGGAUGGCAGUAAUCCCCCAGCUUUCAUCUCCCCCAGGGGCAGGGUGGUGGGGGCACCCAGGGUUCCCUCGGCACAGGGGUGCUCAGUGCCAGCAGCGCCUUCCUGUCCUCUGAUGGUAUGUCUAGCACUCAGACUGUUGUAAACUGUCGUUGUUUUGUAUGAUCGGAACUGUCUUUACUAAACAGAUUUAAUAGUUCAAA